AAAAGAGUUAGAUGAAAUUAUCGAAAAUUUAGUCUUGUAAAUAAGAUGCUUAUUUUCAGUACUAGUGAUCUCCUGACAAGAAAAAACAUGGCGUUCAAAUUUUUUUACAAAAAUUCAAAAAUGAUUUAAAUUUUUUGAAUUACGUUCUAGUGUGAGCGGUAAUUCAAUAAACUAGGAGACAUGGAUCAACGUCUUUCCACGUUGUAACAUUUCAAGUGGUAGGAAAGAACAAAUUAGGCCCCUUGGUAGCGCUAAAGUUACAAUGGAAUUUUCGCAGAGACGAAUGUCAAAAUCAAAAAUCAGCUCCACUGGAUCAGACACUUCAAGUAGUGCAUCAAUGGCAGUGGCAUGGAAAAAAUGUUCAUAUUGCCAUGAUUCCCCAAUUUUCAAAGGCCCUAGAGACUUUUGUGCCCAUCUUAGGGAGUAUCACUGUACAAAAGAGGGUGGAUCUUACGUCUGCCGAUAUGGGUCAAACAAAGUCUGUCCAUCACUCCCAUUGGAGGGGGUCAGUGAUAGGGAUUAUGAGGACCAUGUUGCAAGAGAUCAUGUUGCUGGUGAACCAGGAAGACACAAAAAAGGCUACAUCCAUGAUAGUGAUGGUGGGGGCAAUAGAACAGACAAUACUGCAGCCAGCACACCAACUGUCUCAGAGCCAUCUAUAGUUACAGAUCAAUAUCGAUGGACAGUUUUUAAUUCCAAAGUCAAUUUACCUGCACUUUUGAAUGAUCCGCGUCUCACACGAAGACAAACAGACUUUUUUACAAAAACCUGGGGAGAAGGAUUUGAAAAAUGUGAUAUUUUACCAUCUCCCUACAUUCCAGUUAUAACCAAAGCCCAUUUUGACAAGUAUCUUCAUAAAAUCUCAAAGAGAUUAAAAAAGCAUAAUCGCUAUACAGAACUGGUGCCAAAUGUAGUCCAGAGUGACUCCAAUCCGAAUGAAGUCUUUCCUGCUCUGAAACAUAGACAGUUUGCAAUAGACCACUCAUCACGUGCAGUAUUAGAACAAGUCCCUAAGCUAUUUAUGACCCCAGGGUUUAGUCUGACCAACCCUGAUACAUUUAGUGCAGUAUUCCCCUGGACUCAAGUAGAAUCCAGUACUAGAACAUCUCCAGGCUCUAAGCCACAACAACAGUCAUCAAAACUAUUACAAGAAAAGAUGAGUCAUUACCUAGACCUAGUUGAGGUUCAAAUUGCCAAGCAGAUCUCAAUGAAGUCUGAUGCUUUCUUCACUGCUAUCUCCUCACAGAAUAAACUGCAAGAUGAUAUGUUGAAAACAUGUGCUGCAAUCAAACACCUAAGGGAUAAAAUACACAAGCUAAAUAGUGUUCUAGUCGAGGGGCCAUUGAAGAUAAUGAAGCUGACAGAGUCAAGGUCGAAUCAUAUACAAGCAUACAAUAAGUUAAAACUAAUGGCCACAGUCCACCAAACCCAGCCAACCAUCCAAAUGCUGCUCUCAACAAAUGAGUUCGUUGGAGCCAUAGAUCUUAUAUCUACAACGCAGGAAGUUUUAACUCAAGAACUGGCUGGAAUUCACAGUUUUAGGCAUCUUGGAAGUCAGCUUGCAGAAAUGGAGAAGUUGAUUGAUAAGAUGAUGCAGGCAGACUUCAUACGCUAUGCUACUGCAGACCUCAACAGACCUCUAGAUGAAGGCUCGGAACUCAUGGAAGAGGAGCGUUUAGUGGCCAUAGUAUUUGGCCUUCUUCGCCAACACAAGUUCAACUUCAUAGAUGUCUACAGGGAAGAGGCUUGCACUGCUAUGAAAGCUGCAGUCAAACAGACAGUUGUGCAGGCAGUCUCUGAGGCAGAGGACAUUGAUACAGAUCUACCUGUGGGAAGUCUUGCUGACCAGAUGCGUUUGCUGAAUUUCACCCAGUGGAUGACACUCCUCGGCCAAGUUUUUGUAAAUCUCCUCAUCAUUCUUAACAGGGUCAAGGCUGUUUGCAGUGUUAUAAUUACCGUGCUGAACCUGGCAUCCUCUCAACAGACAAUUAAACCAACAUACAGUGGUAAUACUGACCCUAUCUGUAAUGGUAGCACCAAUCCUUUUGAGGAUGACCUUGACCCUGAAGAUCGCACAUUCCCUGAAGAUGCUGGUCAUGACAGUGGAGAUCAUUUGGUUGGAGGUCAAGGUCACGAUUCCCCAAAAAACACUCUAAAUGGAGAAGGUGAAGGUCAUGACAUUGAUGGAGAGACCUCAGUUAAUAAUACUCUAGAAACUAGUCCAAUACACCUCCCAGGGGUAACUAACUUAUCAUCUAAUCAAAGACUUAACAUCUUUACUACCUCAAAAAGAGAUGGUGACGUUGAUCUGAUGGUAACUCAAAAAGAUUGCAGUACGUUACAUAACAACAUCAGGGACUUAUUAUGCCAGGUCUGUGACCACGCACAUGACAGAUGCGUUAAGGUCAUAGUGGCACGCGCCAAACAUGGCUUCCUGGAAAAAUUAUCUUCUAGUGAAUUUGUGACACUUUCUCGGGAGAUUGAAGAGUUUGUGAAGGAUUGUGAGUUGUUAUGUGGUCGGAAGAGUAUGUCGUUACGAGGGAGUCUACAAAGUCAGGCCAAUAGAUUUGUUACUAGGUUCCAUGAGGAAAGGAAAACCAAAUUAAGUUUAAUACUAGACAAUGAGAGAUGGAAACAAGCUGAUGUUCCAGAAGAAUUUCAAGAUCUCGUCAAUUUUAUCUCAGAACACAAAAAGUUAGCGUUACCAGAAAAAAAGGCGGAUGCAGGAUAUUCAAAUGGCUGUGACAUAAUAAUCGAAAAGAGUCCAAGUGAAUGCCUUUUAGUAAACUCUCAGAAAUACACUGUAGUAGGGACAGUACUGAUGCUGUUGAAGAUGGUGAUAGAGUAUUGUCAGUGUAUUGAUGACAUUCCUACAAUAGCACCUGACAUGUUGACACGUGUCAUAGAACUCCUAAAGAUCUUCAACUCUAGGACUUGUCAACUGGUUUUAGGAGCUGGGGCACUUCAGUUAGUUGGCCUGAAAACAAUCACAACAAAAAACCUAGCUCUGGCAUCACGUUGUCUCCAAUUGGUUGUUUACUACCUUCCAAUGGUUCGGAAUCACUUUGAAACAAGAUUGCAAGGAAAACAACAAAAUAUGAUGAAGCAUUUUGAUUCCAUAUUAAAAGACUAUAAUGACCACAUACAAGAGAUCUCCAAUAAACUUGUUGCCAUUUUGGAAGGCAUGCUGGAAGCUCAAUUAUCAAGGUGGGAAGUGAAGGCCCCCAUGCCUUCUCCAGCAUUUAGGGGGAUAUGUAAGCAGAUGUCUAAGUUCCAUGAGGCUGUCGUGGACCUGUUACCAAUGCCACAAGUCAAGGAGAUAUUUGCAAAGGUUCAUGAACUGUUCAAAGAAAGGUUACAUUUAUUGGUAGUCCACUUCAGUGUACGCAAUGAUGGGGGACCACAGCAUGGACUUGUGUCUUCAGACCUGGCAUUCUAUACUGGAAAUAUCAGUAAGUUAGAGGGCCUACAAUCUCUGGACUACUCAAUGGACAGUAUAUGGGACAAAACAUGAGCUAUGUCUUAAAUGGUCUAAAAUGUCACUUCAGUCAUGUGUUAAGGUGGGCGUAGUAGCACAACUUUUGGAUAUAUUUGUAAUUUCUAUAUGAAACUCUAUGUGUUAAAAAUCAAGACAGCCUACCAUAUUUGUUCUAAUAAAUGCACAAUGUGUCUCCCAAAUACUUUAGAAUUCUGAAUUGAAGUUUACCCUGAUCAAAUAUGUUAUAUUUAUGCUAUUGCAUCCAUGUUUUGUAUCGCAAGAGAUCUGACAUGGAAGCAUAAAUGAACACAUUGGAAUUAUUUUGGAAAGCCAGAAAAUGUGGUAGAUUAUUUUAAUGAACUUUCUGAAGAGAGUUUUGAAUAGCAUGACUGGAGUUUCAUUUUAAAAGCUGGGUUAAUACGUCAAUGCAGCAUGAAAAUACGAGGACCAAUCUAAAUUAUUUUUAUGUCACCACCAAGAAUUGAUGAUAUAUUAUUACAGCCAUCUUUUUUGUGCUGGGGUCAUUAGUAUGUUACAAUAAAAUGCAUUUUCAUUCAUAUACAUGUAUUAAUGGAACUUAUAAAGUCAAAUAUUAUAGCAAAAGCUGAUGUUUUGUGUUAGAAUGGAAUUAUUAAACCUUAUAUCAGUUUGUAUCAAGAUUUCAUAAAGCAUAU